UUUGCACAAACUUAACUGUUGGCACUUUUUAAACUAGUCUAGAUCCUAAUUUUGUAUUGUGUUUGAAUUUUACUUGUUAGUGAUUUUAGUUUAUUUAAGAAAAAAUCUACUAUAUAAUUAAAUUUAAAUUACUUCUUAAUUAUUGAAACAAAAUGAAAUCUUAUAGAUGUAUUUUAUACGCUCUGUCUCUUUUUGCUAUGACUUCUGCUGCUGCCGCAGCUUGUAAGUACACUGUAGAUUCAUACACGACUACUGAUGCCAUAAUCGUUUCUGAAGCAGCCUUUAUUGCUCAAAUUUCUGUCGAUUGUCAAGAUGCUCCAUCUAAUUUAUAUGCUGAAGUUGAAGGUAAAUUAAUUGCUGCUGCUGAUUUAGGGCCUAACCGUUAUCAAGUGAGUUGGUUAGAUGAUUUUAAAAAGGCACAUCGUGGAGAUUAUGUUGUUAAUUUAUAUGAUGAAGUUGGCUAUGGUCAAUUGAGAAAAUUGUUACGUGAUGGUGAAUCUACAAGCAGUGUCACACCAGUCCACACAGCAUAUGUUAGGUAUCCUGGAGCAUACAAAGGAGUAUGGGUUAAUUCUGAGUUUUUGGCAGCUCUUGUUAGUAUGGUUGUAUUGUACAUUGCCUAUACGUUCAAGUCCAAAAUUGUAUCAUAAUAUAUUAUAGCAGAAUUUAAUUGAAUCAUUUUGAAGUCUGUUUUCUCUAAGUUAUAUUUUUAAUGUUCAUCCUAUACAUUAAUUAAAUAUAUAAUAACAAUUGAACUUGGUUUGUUUUUGUUAUUAAAUUAAAUAGUUCUACAUUAGUCUUAAUAUGUUCAUUUAUAAAAAAAUUACACUAAAUAUAUUUUAUUUUUAUAAAUUAGAAUUUCAUUUUGUAAUUUUAUAAUUUAUUAAGGCUUAACAAUUAUUUACAAAAUAGAUGAUUAGUAAAACAUAUUGUACAUUUCCCAUAAAUUAUAAAUAGUUAAUCAAUAAUCUUAAAGUAUUAAUUGUAAAAAUAGAAAUUUUUAACUUAGAGAAUUGUCAUAAUUUUAUUCACAACAUAUAAUGGGAUAAUUAAUAUUUUACAACCUAUCUUAAGUAGAGUACAGUUAUUAUUCAAUGUUUUAAAAUUUUGUUAUGAAAUAUAUAUAUAUUUUUUUAAGUAAAAGAUAUAAAACUUAAAUACAUUGUUUAUAUAUCAAUAUUGAUCUAAACCUCGAACAUACUUUAUACAAAAUAAAAAAUUCAGUUAUACUUUUCUUCAAUAAUUUGUAUUUAAUAAAAAAGUAAUUAAAGUAAAUUUCACUUUAUUUUAUUCAAGAUUAAAACCAUAAAGUUACUAAUUUUUGUGAUUGUAGCUAUUGAUUUAUUCUUAGUUCUUACAAUUUAAACAAAAUAUAAUUUAUAUUAUUGAUAAUCAUUUUAAUAUAUUUUUAAAAUGUAAAUUAAUUAAUUAAAGAUAAAUAAUAAAAAAUAUUUUAUAAAAUAAUAUAAUUAAUAUUUAUAAUUAUAUAAAUGAGUUGAAUAAAGUAAUAAUAUAAGAUAAUAUGGCAUAACAUUAA